GGCACAAAUUUGCGUUGACUCGCCGCUGAUAGAACACGGAUGUUUUUAAAAACGUAAAGAAUUGACAAAUUUAUUACGAAUUCCAGACUCAAUUAGUAAUCACCACUCAAAAUAGAUACACCAUGUCGUCGUCGUCGUCGUCAACAUGCCAGAUAUGCCUGAAAGAACCACAAAAGUAUUGCUGUCCUCGUUGUAACAUACAGUACUGUUCGGUUGAUUGUUACAAGUCGGCGAAACAUAGCCAGUGCUCGGAAUCGUUUUACAAGGAUUGUGUAAUGCAAGAAAUGGCAACGCAAACUGCCAACAAAAGUCGACAGCAACAACGUAGUGGAACGCUGGACGACAUACCGGGCCUGAGUGAUGACAUCAAACGGAUGUAUGCAAUGUUGAAGCGAAUGGAAAGCCAUGAGUCGAGUGGAUCGGACAUUGAGGACUUUGACAUUGAAGACUUCGAUUCCGAUGACGAUGAACUUGCUGAACUGGAUCUCAACACUCGAUUGACCGGAAUCGAUUUGAAUAAUGCGGACGCCAUUUGGGACAAGCUCACCAGCGAUGAGAAACAUGAAUUCGAGAAAAUUGCCACCAGCGACGAGGCUAUGAAUCUCUUACCGCUGUACGAGCCGUGGUGGACGCGGGAGAAAAAAUUGAUCGAAGAAAUCUCGCCAGAUGCACAGAGCGUACGAUCGCCACCGGAAAUACUGGCAAAUAUCGGAAAUUUUGACACAAUAUCAUCGAAACCACCGGCAGACUGUGUGAAACAUAAUCUGAAAAAUGUCCUCGCCGCAUACGCUCUGAGCGUGCGAUUUUUCAACGGUGAACAUGAGACGAGUGCACACGAAUUCGCGAACUAUUUCAUCACAACGUGUGCGAACGUUCGGUCCAAUUUCAAUUUCGACGAUGCAGACAUUGCCAUCGAAUCGGUGGUGCACAGUUGCCGGAAUGAGGGACUGACCAUCGAUGCGGAUCAGGUGAAAUUACUGCAUGACGAUGUGCAGAAAAUUUGCCGAUGUCCAGCGUUCGUUUCGGCGGCAUUGUCGGACAUUCAUCGUUCGGUGUCGCUGGCGAAACGGAGUAAAUUUGUGAAAAGGCCGUUGGACGUGGAGAGGAGUGAUUUUUCGAGAAAGUUUUUCGAUCAGGAAAUUGUCAAUUUCCAACCGUUGGACAAGACAAAGUUGACGGCGACGUUAAAGAAAAUUGAAUAUUACUUGGCCCUGGUGGGAAAGUACAAAGACAAAGUGUUUGGGGAUGGUAGUAGUAAUAUUAGUAUUAGUGUGAAGAAAUGAAAUAUAAUUUGGAUUUU